CUCUCUAUCUCUCUCUCUCUCUCUCUCUCUCUCCUGGUCCACCACUCAGCUUGUCUGCACGUCUGUCAGUCGGUCGGUCAAUCAUGUAGGAUUUGGUUGUGGGCGCAUUGGACUUAAAGAAGCUGCAUGUACAGCUCCAGCUCGUUACUGGGAGCUUGUUUACCAAACAAGGCGACCGUGAGAAACCACGGUUGUUACGGUAACAGAAUCCACGUGUGCAUGUGAGGGGCGGAGCCGACCAGGAACCCUCCCCAAAACCCUCCCCCUGACCCCGCGACCUCAAGCAAACUUGGGACACCCAAGAGACUCCCUCCCUCCCUGACCUCCCUUUCACACACACACACACACACACACACACACACACACACACACACACACACACACACUUACACACUUGCACACACACACACACACACACUUAAAGGCUUCACGCCAGAGAACACUAUUCAUAUUCUCAUAGCAGCUUAGUGGAAGGAGUGUGUGUGUGUGUGUCUGUGUGUGUGUCUGUAUGUGUGUGUGUGUGUGUGGCUGUCUGUCAGAGCGGUUCCCAUUACUGCAAGAGUUUCUGGAAGUAGAUGUGAAUGUGUGAGUGUGUCUGUGAGAGAGACGGAGUCGUUCCGCUAGAACCACUCCGCUCUGGACUUAAAGAGAACCUGUUUUAUGGAUGUUCUAAGCUAAGAACCUUUCACCUGAAAAUCUUCACAACAGAAGAAGGACUUAGUAGUAGUGGACGUUCCAGUUCUUGAAGGAUCUGUGUUCUUGCGGCGGGUAGGGUUCUUCGGAGAUCCGGUACUGUCCUAAAGAGGAACCAUGUCUCCAUUCCUACGCAUCGGGUUCUCCAACUUUGAGAUGGACCCGGGGUUGGCCUACCAUGAGGAAGUCUCCAAUCCCUAUUGCGCUGUUUACAUGAAGGAGGCAGUGGACUCAGAGAAAGGCACCGUGUACAAGCAGAAGCGCCCCACCAUGUAUCCGCCGUGGAGCAGCACAUUUGACGCUCAUGUCCACCCUGGCCGCGUGAUGCACGUGGUGGUGAAGGACCGCACGGCCAGCCUGAAGACCGAGGCCACCGUCCAGUUAGACACACUGGCCACGCGCUGCAAGAAGGAGAAUGGCAAGCUGGAGAUCUGGGUCGAGUUGAAACCACAGGGUCGCUUGCUGAUGGAGGCACGAUACUUUUUGGAGAAAAGUGAUACACCUGGUCACGGUGAGGGCGAUCGGGAGGGUGCAGUGGAGCAGGAGCGAGACGGCCUGUUCGCCCUGCACCAGCGGCGCGGCGCCAUCAAACAGGCCAAAGUGCACGUGGUCAAAUGUCACGAGUUCAGCGCCACCUUCUUCCCCCAGCCCACCUUCUGCUCCGUCUGCAAGGAGUUCGUCUGGGGUUUGAAUAAACAGGGAUACCAGUGCAGACAAUGCAAUGCUGCCAUCCAUAAGAAGUGUAUUGAUAAAGUCAUCGCCAAAUGCACUGGCUCUGCCAUCAAUAGCAAGGAAACUAUGAUCCAUAAGGAGCGCUUUAAGAUCGACAUGCCCCACAGGUUUAAGGUGUACAACUACAAGAGCCCCACCUUCUGUGAACACUGUGGGACGCUGCUAUGGGGGCUGGCUAGACAGGGACUCAAGUGUGAGGAGUGUGGCAUGAACGUGCAUCAUAAAUGCCAGAAGAAAGUAGCCAACCUGUGUGGGGUGAACCAGAAGCUGAUGGCAGAGGCCCUUGCCAAGAUUGAGAGUACACAACAGGCGCGUAGCUCCAGGGAUCCUGAGAUCAUUGGUAGGGAGGGGCCUGUGGGCAUCGGACAGCAAGGAGUGGUCAGGGAGCCCUCAGGGUGUGUGACGACCUGUCUACCCACCCCUGCUACAGCUGGGAGGAAAGAGCAGGGUAUUUCAUGGGACUCUCCUGUUGAGGGGGCGCCGACUGGACCCCCAGUGACCAGAGCAGACGUGGAGCCGCUCUACGCCGUCCCCAAGAAAGAGAUGCACAAGUACACCCUGGACAACUUCACACUGCACAAGAUGCUGGGCAAAGGCAGCUUCGGCAAGGUGUUUCUGGCAGAGCUGAAGGGCGCAGGUCAGUUCUUUGCGGUGAAGGCCCUGAAGAAGGACGUGGUGCUGAUGGACGAUGACGUGGAGUGCACCAUGGUGGAGCGGCGGGUGCUCUCGCUGGCCUGGGAGCACCCCUUCCUCACACACCUCUACUGCACCUUCCAGACCAAGGAAAAUCUCUUCUUCGUGAUGGAGUAUUUGAAUGGAGGAGAUCUGAUGUUUCACAUACAAGCCUGUCAUAGAUUUGACAUACCUAGAUCAACGUUCUAUGCAGCAGAAAUUGUAUGUGCGCUUCAGUUCCUUCAUUCCAAAGGCAUUGUAUACAGAGACCUGAAGCUGGAUAAUAUCCUGCUGGAUAAGGACGGCCACAUUAAGAUCGCCGACUUUGGGAUGUGCAAAGAGCAGAUGCAGGGGGAGGCCAGGACGUCCACCUUCUGUGGAACUCCAGACUACAUUGCACCGGAGAUUUUACUUGGGCAGAAGUACAGCCACUCCGUGGACUGGUGGUCCUUUGGGGUCCUGCUGUUUGAGAUGCUGCUGGGCCAGUCUCCGUUCCACGGGCACGAUGAGGAGGAGCUCUUCCAGUCCAUCCGCACCGAUGACCCCAUCUACCCUCACUGGCUGCCCCAAGAUGCCAAGGACAUCCUCGUUAAGCUGUUUGUGCGGGAGCCGGAGCGACGGCUCGGGGUGUGUGGGUGCAUCCGCACGCACGCCUUCUUCAGAGACACCGACUGGGACGCCCUGGAGAAGAGACAGGUGGAGCCGCCCUUCAGGCCAACAGUGAAAAGUGCCAGUGACUGCAGUAACUUUGACAAAGAGUUUAUCAACGAGAAGCCGCGUCUGUCCUGCGCCGACCGCACCCUCAUCAACAGCGUGGACCAGACCAUGUUCGACAACUUCUCAUUCGUCAACCCAGCCAUGGGGCGCAUCAAGAAUGCUUAACGUGCUCACUCUCUCUCUCUCUCACACACACACACACACACACACACACACACACACACACACACGUACACAAACUCACAUGCUAUCAAAGAUGAACACAUAAUUAGACACAGACCACACACUUAUACCUCUAGUGUAACACACACACACAAGCAAACAUAUUCACAGACAGUUACUUACCAAAUCACACACACACACACACACACACACACACACACACACACACACACACACACACACACACACACACACACAGGCACAGACUAUACACAUGUACUCUACCUGUAAUAUUGUACAAACAGAUUCACACAAAUUCACAUGCAUAGCACCAGGGGUACUGCAGACCAUUAGAAGAUCCAGUGGUCCAUUUUGCCUGUUUGGGUGUGUUGAACAUGUGUCAAAGUUGGCAUCUAGGUAAGCAAUAUGAAGCAAUUAAGGUUGUGGUGGAAGUGGAGGUGAGACAGAAGGGAGGUGAAAAAAUAUGGUGGAAGUGUGUGUGUGUGUGUGUGAGAGAGAGAGAGUUUAAAACUACUUCCACUCCUGCUUAUAAUCAAUCAGUGCAAUCAGUCCCAAUUCCCUGUACACAGUGAUCAGCAGAGUGGAGGGAGCACACUCAAACACCCACUUUCCAUCCACAGGGUCCUAGUGCCCACAGGAUUAUCUGUUAAAAUGGUAUUUGUUGUCUGUCUUGCACUGCUCAACAGUGGUCGAUGUGCUAAAGUGUGUGGGCGUACAGUACGUGUGUGUGUGAGUGUGGUUGUGUAUGUGUGUAGAAAAGAGGGGGGUGGGGGGCGAUAUAUGUACCUUGGUGUCAGCCGCAGAAAACCUGCUGUCUACAGUUUAUUGUGAGUUAGGUUUACAUUGAAGUCCAUUAGAAACAGAUGUAGAAAAAUGAUAAUGAAUGAUGUUUUGUGCCAUAAAUGUGAAAGUGUAACCCCAGCACUCCAAAUCGAGGUUGUUUAUUAUUAUAUGUGAUUCUUUUAGUUUGUGUAUUCCAUGUUGAGAAUUGUGGGUUGAUCUGAGAUGGUGGCACUCUUUUGGAGAAUCAUGUUGGUUGUUAUCUCAUACCAUACAAGUAUUAAAUUGAUUUUUCUAGAAUUUGUUCUUCUUCUUUCUAAA